GUCUAUAUUGAGAACCACACAAAAACCCACACUGAAACCCACACUGAAACCCACACUGAAACCCACACUGAAACCCACACUGAAAACUAUAUUGGACCUCAGAGACCACCCUCCUCAAAUUCUCAGCCUCAUUUUUAUCAUCAUGUUUCCCUUCCAGAACUUGAACAAGAAUUUAAUUACUUUCAAAUUCCAUUCACAUCUCAAGUUUCUGUCGCUCAAAAAGCUGCUGGUGAACUUUUAGAUUCAUUUGCUUAUGCAAUUGAAGAAGUUCUUUGUGCUA